CGAGAUUCAACCAUGAGCGAUUCGAGAACUUCAAGUAGUAAAGAAACAUACACAAUAUGGACGAAAUCACUUAUAUUCCAUGGGAAUGGUUGCACUGUCUACGAUUCAAAAGGUGUAAUUGUAUAUCGUGUUGAUAACUAUGGUGUCAAGAAUAGUCGAGAAGUACAACUUAUGGACCUCGAAGGAAAUGUCCUCUUCUCCCUUAAGGGCAAGGUAAGAACUUGUGGGAGUGGAUGUUGGUAUGGUUAUAAGGGGACGUCGACGAAAGAGAUGCCAUGGUUUCAAGCAAAAGAAACUAAAAGUUGUGGUAUUCUUAAUAGAUCGCCUAUUAGAGAGUGUAAGGUAAUUAUGGGAUGCGAUUAUGCACGAGGGACACAAGAGAGUUAUAAGAUUGAAGGAAAGUCGGGGAAAUCGGGGUUUAGGGUUGUGGAGGGUGGUGAUGGAGGUGGUGCUGUGGCGGAGGUGAAGAAGAAGGAAUCAUGGGGUGGUGGUGGAGUUUUGCUUGGAGAUGAUGUGUUGACCUUGGUGGUGGAGCCAAAUGUUGAUCAUUCUCUUGUAAUGGCUCUUGUCAUUGUUUAUGGGUUGAUGAGAAAUAUCAUAUAAUAUAAAUUAUAAAUAUGAU